AUGAAUAAAAAUGCAAUCCAAAUAAAACAAAGACAUAAAACAACAGAACGAUGGACAUCAACCAACGGUCAUACAACAACAUCAGAGCACAAACCUUCAUGCUUCACAGAACAACGAGAAAAAGAACGAAAACUUUCUUAUGCCAGAAAUUGUUCUUCUCAAAAGAAGGUGAAGUUGAAAAAAGAAAAACAGCAACAACACUACUUAACUCAAGAGCAUCUUCAUAAAUUAUGGAAUGAAAUGAUCAGCAAGUAG